UGCCGAUAAUCGAAUUUCUUUCCGCGCAUGCGCAGUUUGCUCCUCUCAGACGUGACGCGCGUGAACGCUCCCCGUAUCCUGCUGGUUGUUAAGCCAACGUCAGCGGCUGUGAGGGGAAACAACACGGGCUAAUCCUUUCACGUCGCGCUGAAUGUCGAAUUUUUCAUGAAAAACUACGUGGGGAGGAGAAAAAACAUCCGAGAGAGACAGGUGUCCUGGUGUUGAAGAGGACAUUUCUUUAUGUAAGGCCUUUUGAGGACUGAGCAGGUGAUCUGAACACUAUGGAUGGCUAUGGGUUCUCGAGUCCGGUUCUGGGCGAGGACCACUCCGUCAUGGCACGCAUGCAGAAGAAAUUCUGGAAGACGAAACAGGUUUUGAUCAAGGCGACGGGAAAGAAGGAGGAUGAGCACGUGGUGGCGUCGGACGCUGAUCUGGAUGCAAAGCUGGAGUUUUUUCGUUCGAUUCAGACCACCUGCACAGAGCUGCUGAAAGUGAUUGAAAAAUACCAGCAAAGGAUAACACGCCUGUCUCAGGAGGAGAACGAGCUGGGACUGUUCCUGCGCUUCCAGGCCGAGCAUGACAAAACUAAAGCGGGAAGCAUGAUGAAUGCCACGAGCAAGGCCCUGUGCACCUCUGCCAAACAGAGGUUGGCUCUUUGUGCCCCGCUGCAGCGGAUGGAGCAGGAGAUGGAGACGUUUCGGAGGAGGGCCAUUGCCGACACACUGCUGACCGUGAGCCGCAUGGAGAAGGCGAGGACGGAGUACCGCGGCGCUCUGCUCUGGAUGAAGGACGUCUCCCAGGAGCUGGACCCCGACACCUAUAAACAGCUGGAGAAGUUCCGCAAGGUGCAGGCACAGGUGAGGGGAACAAAGGUGCACUUUGAUAAGCUGAAUAAUGAUGUGUGUCAGAAAGUGGACAUGCUGGGGGCGAGUCGUUGCAACAUGCUCUCUCAUUCCCUGUGCACUUACCAGACAACACUCCUGCAGUUCUGGGAGAAGACAGCAAACAUCAUGUCUGGCAUCCACGAAGCCUUUAAGGGAUACGUGCCAUACAACUUCACCACCCUGAAGGAGUUACGGGACCCGCUGGAGCACCUUUUGGAAGGUCCGUCACUGGAGGACGACAAGGAUAAAGAAAAGGAAACGAAUGCAGACAAUCUUGUGUCACUGGAGGAGGAAAAGACAGGAAAAUCAGUGCUUGAAGCUGGUUCCCUUGCAGGUUUUGAUCAGGACCGAGAUUCUGACGGCUCUUUACCAGCAAGUUUAGACUCGGCUUUGUUUGAGCUCUCGGGCCCCGUCAGCACAAUCACCACGGAUGAUGACCUCUUAGUCAUGAACCCUGACCCCACCCUGAGCCAUGCCAUGACCCCAACUCUGCCUAUACCACAGCCUCAGAGCCACCCAGCGACCGCACUGCCCUCUGUGGUCCAGUGGGACGUGUCUCAGGGACAAAGCAUGGAGUCCUUUGUCACUAUACCACUGUCUGAGAAGGUUGGCAGGGAUUUGCUCUCGGGUCUCGUGCCACACACUGGCCCGGAGGAGGAAGAGGCAGAACGAGGUGACCUGUACUUCCUGCAGGAUCUGCUGAGUCCUGGAGCCUCCAGCGGAACAGAUGACUUCAGUAAGGCGUGGCAGGACGCUUUCGGCUGCUUUGAGGCCCCUGCGAGUGCCCCCUGCUCCACAAACGCUGCUGCGGCGAGCGGCACCGCCCCAACUCGCUCUUCCUCACAGCCUCCGAGUCCCACCGGCUUCCUGCCUUCACAGCUCCUUGACCAUGGGAUCAGCACCACUGGAUGGAUGACUCCUCCCAUGUUUAAAAACCCUCCCCUUCAAGCUCCACCCACUGCGGGUCAGGUCCCGGCUGCGCAGAACAGCUCCAGAAUAUUGGAUAACGCUCCUAAAGGUGGAGCUCGGGACAUGUCUGCGUGGUUUAACAUUUUCGCUGACCUGGACCCUCUUUCCAACCCCGACGCUAUCGGACGAAACGAUGAAGAGCUGCUUAACGCCUGAGGGGUUUCCUCAGUCACUGUACAGGAAAAAAAAACAACAGCUGGAUAUUCUUUGUGCUGAGUCCCAUUGAGCCAAGGAUGGAUCCGGGAAAAACAUCGAUCAGCCGUUAUCUCUGUGUGUAUGUGUGAGUGAGAGAGAGUGCAAAUCCGCUUUACAUUUCCUCAGCAACGUGGGUUUAAAAAAUUGUUUUUUAAUGAAGACUGCACUAUAUAUUCAAUAUGAAUCUUGUGAUGGAGGUUGAAAGUUUACGAUAAGGAUGAAGAGUCACUGAGGGGAAAUGAAGGUGUUUGGAGAUUGUAUUCUACACUGGUUAGCAAGCUUCACAUGUUUUGUAAAUAAUCACACGAGAAACGUUUACCCAGUCGGAAACGUGUAUUUUUAAUCAGCUGUAGAUUAUUUUACAGACAGGUGUCCGUCCGUCUGUCUGAAUGCUAGGCUCGGGGGGAACGACACAAGUAAAACUGGAAGAAAAUUGGCUAUAAAAAAUUAAAGCUAGAAUCAGGGAUUUCUGAUUAUGAGCACGGGUGUUAAAAAAAUAAUAAAAAUCAUAUAUUUUGGCUUAUAUUUAAUCACAAAUUCAUGGCCAGAAACAAAAUAUCACAGGUCCCUGGUUAUGGCUUUAAAUAAAAGAUAUAAAACAACAAAUAUAUGUAUACUCAUGUGUUGUUGCACAGUAUCUGCUUUGGAAAUGAGAUAUUCUUAUAUUUAUUAACCUUUCAAUUCAUUUAACCUGCUUUAAGGUGAGUACAUGAAGUUUAAGGGGUUAACUGGAUGGAAAGGGGUGUGUGUGUGUGUGUGUGUGUGUGUGUGUGUGUGUGUGUGUAUGUUGAAUUUUGUAUUAUAUCUGAAUUUGGUAUUUGCCACCACAAGAUCUCCAGCAACCUAUACAGUUAGGUUCAAAAGUUGGCGCCACCUUGUCACUAAAUAAAAUGAUAUAUGAUGGUAAAGAAAUUGAAUUUCAUGUAUUUAGUUCAUUCAUCUGUGAAUUAUCACAUGUAAUUAGUAUAUAGUAAUAGUAUAUAAAGAGGUUUAUAUAAGGUUUUUUUUUUCUUUUUUCACACACACACACACAAUGUCUUCUGGAGAGCGAGUGUCAGUAGAUUAGUGUCCAAGAGAACAAUACUGGGAAAAUUCUGUGCUGUUUGGGUGGGAGGGAUGGCGUUACUCCUGUCAAUCUGAGCGUUACCGACCAAUCAUGUGUCUCCGUGAGCUCAUGUAUACGGAAGAGGGCAGAUAGCACUGCUCUCCGAGUGACGUAGAAUAAGCAGAAAAGAUGCACAUGCUAGCUGUUAGCAAUCUAUUUGAUGGGGAGAGCUAAGCUAUCUGGCAAAAUGGCCAAACAAUUAAUAACAGUAAUAAUCAUAAUAAAAAUAUGAAAAUAAAUAAAGGGGCACAAACUUUUGCAUGGAAAUAUUUUACUUUCAUAUAAGGCCUACAGCUGCAGGCCUUUAUUCAAACUACGCAUCUGAUUCCACCCAUGUGUGAAUAUAUCAGUCAUUGAUGUCUGACUCUUUUUUUGGGGGGGGUUGUUUAACAUUUGUAAAAGUAUUGGCACCUAUCGGUUGAACUCUACCGAUCUCUUGUAUUCUUAUUCAUUUGUUUCACGAAUGUAUGCAAACUGAUAAACAACUUUACAUUCCACUCAUGCCUGAAUGCACACAUCAAUACUUUUUUCUGAAAUGUAAUAAUGUGAAGAAGAAGAAAAAAAGAUUUCUAUAUUGCCUUGCACAUUUCAUUGUUUUUAAAACCUUUUUAACUUCACAAGCAUAAAGAAUGUACCCUGCACCACACAUGGCUGCAUUUGACUUGAUUUAUUUUAUGCAAGUAAUGAUUUUUUCCCCCCCAACUGAUCAUGUAACAAUUUACAAGAUUAUGAACAGAUGAGAUCUCUACAGUGACUGUACUCAAGUGACAACCGACCAGACGAUAAAAUAAAUAAAUAAACUCCUUGUAUUUGACCAGAUUGGUUCAGAUGUUUCAUUUUUGUUUUGUUUGUUUUUUUGGUGUGUUUUUGUUUGUUUGUAUAUUUUACAAAUUUUUCAGGAAGUCAUUUUCCUGAUGGAAGGCUUUUAGGACGUAGCUUUUGAUCCCGAAGACGAUCCACACACAGAAACAGUGCUAGAGGCAUCAUUUGGCUCGUUUGUGUGGUAAGAACAGCCACUUAAAUUGAAUAUUCUAAUUUAAAUAUUUAGGUAUUUUUAAGGCAGUACACAUGUUUUUCCCUCUCGUAUCUGACUCUUGUUAAAGGAAGAAAGGUGAGCUUCACAGUAUGAUGCGUGAAUUCAUUUACAGUAUAAAUGCUACGGUUCCUCUCAGAACAUCUCCAGAGAUGCCGUUUAGUGCCGUUUCCAUCCACGUUUCCAACUCUACUGAAUUUUUGUCUAGGAAAACCACCUUCUGGUUUUAAAACAUACGUUCAUCCAUCAUGUAAUAUAUAUUUCUGAGCUUCACUCCAUUUUUUUAAAAAAAAGAAUAUAAUUUAAAUGAAAAACAAAUCAGCAUUCUCAAAGUUCUUGUUCCAGUAACUGGUAUCCAAACACUGUCUAUAGAUCAUUGCACGUUAUUUAUAAUGUACUUUAUUCCUAAUUAUGUUUAAAUUUAGUCUCUCUAAUUGUACACAAAAAUGAGCUAAGUACUAUGUCCUAAAAAAUGAUGUUACAUUAGUUACUUUCCAACAAUUUUGCAAAACAUUUGAAUGGAAACAUCUUUUUCUUUCUUUCUUUCUCCUCUGCCAUAUUUGUCAAAUUGUAUCCACUCAACACUGAUCAUAAAAUCCGCUCUCUUCCAUUUCAGCCCAAAACAAGAACAGUACAAUUAACAUUACAUAGCACCAGAUCCUCCUGUUUCACCUGCAGCUUCAUAUAAAGCGUAUGAUCGAGGAAGGGAAAAGUGACAAUUUUUUUUUAUACACUGUGGAGUAAAUCAGGAACCAGGGGUCUCAUUUACAGAUGGUGCAUGCAGACAGUGCAUGGCGUGUGUACUGAAGAAUUUUAUUCCUCUUAUUCCACAGCAACUAUAAUUUUCCUUUGUUAAAGAUAGACCGCAUCAUACUUUUAAUCUGUUUCUAGUCCUGUUAUCACUUAUGUCGUAGCAGCUGUAAAGAGUCAUGACCUUCUUUUUCUCUGUCUUGAAGUUGACCAAAAAAAACCCAACCCAACGUAGCUUAUCGUGUUACUACGAAACCACAAAGCGUAAACUUUACAGAUUUACCUGACUGUUCCUUCCGUAAAUAUUAGAUAAACGUCUCCUUACAGAAAAUGUCACCUUACCAAAGGAAUUCGACAGAGCUGUGGUCAAACAUUUGAGAUCGCAAACCUGCCGAAUCGUUUAAAAAGAAUAAAUUUAAAAAAAGUCUUUUUUUUUUAAUUUCAUUCAAAUUCAUCUAGUUUUGUUCGGUCUACACAAAAGUUAAAAUUAAUUUAAAAAACAAAACUACCCUCUCUGAUCUGGUGGUCCAGACUCUUUUUUGUUUAACAGAAUUGUAUUUUCACAUCAUCUGGAGUUUGUUUGUUUUUGACAGAAUGCUUUAGCUCAAGGAAGUUGUUUACCAUAUAUGGUAAAUUGGGCGGGGGGCGUUUUUUUAUGCAAACAUGGCUGUGCUCAAGUGGAGCAAUAUACAGGGUAUUGAUAUUUGUUCUCAUUCAUCGGGUAUAACUGUAUGCAAAGUUUUGUUUUUUUAUUAUAAAUACUA